AUGAAAGCACAAUCAGCCAGUGAAAUGAAUAAUAGUCUAUUAACAACAACAACAACAACCUUAACUGUUAAUAAUGAACAUGUUAAUAGCUAUAAUAAUAACACUGAAUAUUUUAUAGGAAUGUUGGAAGAACAAUUUAAAGGCUGUAGUUUACAAGUUUAUUUCCAAAAAGAAAGUCCAAUGGUUGAUGAUAAUAUUGAAGGUUGGCUUGAAGUUGUAAAAACGUAUUGUAGAUCAUUGUAUGAUAUUAAUCAUUAUGCUAGUAAAUAUAGUUUAGUUUCACGACUUUUAACCAAUUAUCCUUCCAAAUAUACAAAGGAAUUUGAAACAAUUUUGAAAUUUAUUGCAGAUGAGAAUGAUUUGACAUGUAUAACUCAGUUUUAUGAUUUUACAUUUAAUUUCACUUAUAGUGCUCAAAUAUUCUUUAAAUGUAUAACAAUGAAAAAUAGUGAAUAUUGUAAAGUAUCAAAAUUAGUACCAGUUGUAUUAUGGAGAAAAGCUGCUGAUGAAUUAAGAGAAUGUGUUGACAAUUUUCGAAAUGUAAUUAUUAAUAAUAGAGAAGAUUUAUUUAAAUAUAGAUUGAAAUGGUUAAUACCAUUAACAAAUACAAGAAAUAAUUUACAUUUUGAUUAUUGUGUUGAAUUUGGCAAUAAUCUUAAAAUUAAUACUGAUAUAUAUUUAAAUGUUAAUGAAACUUCAGCUGUUUACAUAAUGUUUGCAAAUUCAAAUAUGAAUGAUGCAUUUAAUUGUGAAGAAUUUUACAAAAUAAUAAUGUUAUCAAUAUUAUCAACAAGAUUAUUAAGAAAAUCAGUAUGUUCAUUUAUUUGUUGUAAAACAUUCGCAUAUAGUUUUACCUAUGAUACUUGUGGAACUUUGACAAUGCUUAAAAUAGAUUUGACAAAUGUAAAUGGAAUGUUUAUUUUGUUUGAGUUAAUAUCAUAUUAUUAUACUAAUUUAGCAUGUAUGUUAUCAUUUAGAGGUGCUUUGAACAAAUUGGAAGAAAAAGAGAAGAAUAAUUUUAGAGGAAUUGAAAAAUCAAACAAAACUAAUAAACUCUCGAAUAAGCAAUCAUCUAACAGACUAGCACUUGGAGAUAUUUCAAAUAAAAUAAUCAAAUAA